CAAGGAGUCCGUUUGUCGGAAGAUGGAGAAAGGAUAUGUAAAGCUUGAGGGGUCAGGACAAACUCUUAUUCGCGCCCCUUCCUGCCGCUGGGCGUAGCAGGUUGCGGAUGUGGGGUCCCAAACAACUGGGUGGCAUGGAUAACUUCCACAAUCAGUGUUUGGAUUCAAUAUCGUUUGCAAGCAAUGCCCCGAGAAUGUUUUGGAUCUCGGACGGCGAUUGUUGCAGCCCGAAUCCGCCAUGCCAGCCCCUAGGUGCCAGUACGCGAGGGCGAAGGCGAGGAUGAGUCAUGUACGCGAAAGUCAUCAUGCCGACCAUCCUCAAGCCAAGAUUAGCAAAGAAGAGCAAGAGAUUCAAAACGUUUUUGCGAGCCCUCUCGCGACCAGAUCCCGGAGCACGAUCCUUGCAGCCCGAAACCGCCAUGCCAGCCCCUAGGUGGCAGUAACCGAGGGCAAAGGCUAGGACUAGUUAUUUACGCGAAAGUCAUCAUGCCGACAAUCCUCGCACCAUGAUUAGCAAGAGAUCCGCGGUGAGCUUCUCUUCCCGAGGCAUUGCUCGGAGACGAACUGAUCUCGAUCGGUGAGCUUCUCUUCUCGAGGCAUUGCUUGGAGACGAACUGAUCCGAUCUUGAAUCCAAACAUUGGUCUGCAAUUUGUCUUGGCUCGUAAACAUGGAACAAAGUACUUCCCCAGAAAUACUUGAACUCCACUGCCUCCUCUUUCAAGGCAGCUGAAACUUUCUCCUCGGCGUUCACUCGGAGUUCAUCUCCUCGUGGUGUGUGUAUAAUGCGUCGGCACCUUCUCCUGGCCUACCAAUUCUGACAAUCAAUUCAGAGCCCCUCUCCCUCAGAUAGUCCCUCAAAUUGGAUACACAUUCUAGCAGAAACUUGGCUCUGUAAGGACCAGUCUUGUCAAACCCAGAAGAGGACUUCCAGAAGAGGAUCAAAGCAGUAUACAUGCACGAUUGACAUACUGUGAUUACUAGCUUGCACAAGAGCUUCGUGGUCGUGAACUCGAAGAUCAUUCCUGAACCAUACGAUUGUGGCUUUCCUCAAACCUGCUGGGUUCCUAGGUUCUCCGAACUGACAUGAAGGGCUUUGAGCUUUCCAGAUCGUCUCUGGAAGCAACGACGAUUUCUUCUUCAGCGUCGCCACUAUCAGUUUCACUCGCUUGUGAACUCGCUCUCGCAAAUGCGAAGAGCAUCCAUUCCACUGCAAGGGUUUCUCAAAUUCAAAAUGUGUUUCUCAAAAUUCAAAAUUCAAAAUUCAUUUCCGGCCUUCUUCACUCUCACAUUUUCGACCUCCACACCGAACCCAAUCAAGCUCAGCAGAUAAUGAUGCUCGGCAAAAUCUCUUAAAUAAGAAUUCACCUCUUCAUAGCCUGGAUAACGUCG